AUGUCAGCAACAGCUUCAACUCAUACGGUAGUGCUAUUAUAAUUCACAGAGGAUGAAAAUUCAAGAACCUAUUUGGACUUUGAUUCUAUUAAUGAUGCUUUAGAUGGUAUUUGCCAAAUCUAUGAACAAAAAUUGAAAGUCGUAAAUCAAGAUGCUUAAGCAAUAACCUAUGAUUUAUGUGAUCUAAUCAAUUAUCUAGAUUCAAUCAGAGAUCUUAGUUGCCUAACGUACAAUGAUAUUUAGAAAACUUAUAUACCUCAUGGCAGAGAUUGGGUCAAGUCAAAGAUAUACAUGUCUCUUAAGAAGCAGGCUAAGUGA